UUUUUAUGGUGUUCGUUGCAAUCUUCAGCACGGAUAUGAUUUUCUUUUACGCUUUUUCGCCGCUGGAAGGCUAAGAUGGAGGAAGUAGGAUGAGAUAUCAUCUCGAAAGUGAUUUUUAAGUAACCUCAUGUUUGUAUUUUCUCUAUUUCCGUCUGUUUAAUGGUAGGCAGAGAAAAACUACUUAUGGUUCCUGGUUCCAUUUAUUCAAGGUAAUUUUCUUGUGAUUGAUGUGAUUUUAAGUGAUUCUGUAAUCUCCAUCUUCCACACCAUCAAAUAUUGAUGCAGAAGUGCCUAACCCUUGCUUAGUUUUCUGAUUGCUCAAAUUUCCUGCCAGAGAUUGUAAUUAGUGUUUGAAAGAGGAGCAAAAUGAUUUUGUUUAAAAAACUCAAGUCCAAUAAGAAACGACCAAAAGAAGAAGUUAAAUGGGGGUCCAACAUUGGAAGUCCCUUUUCAGUAAAACACAACAUACAUGUUGGCUACAAUGAAAAAACUGGAAAAAUAGAAGGCUUGCCUGAUCCAUGGAUUAGACUUCUACAGCAAUCGAAUAUCAGCACUACAGAACAAAGCCAGAACCCUACAGCUGUUCUUCAAGCUUUGAAAUAUUAUGCCCAUGCUAUUCAGAAGAAAAAGGGAGAAGCCAAAUUCUUAGGGACGUCUGAAACUGUUGAAGAAGAAUCAGAAGAGAUAGAGAAUACAAUAACAGGCGAAAGUUACGGUGACUCCAAAGCUAUUGGGCAGAAAAAUAUUUUGGAUGGUGAAAAUUAUACUUCUAAAGGCAAAGCUUUCAAGGAAAACUAUGACACAGCCAGCAAUAACUGCAGUUCAUCUAUCGAAGAAAAGAACUCUGAUGAUGAAGCCAUUACUGAUGAAGAAUCUGCAUUAUUAAUAAGGAGGAAGAAAGAAGAAAAAAGGAGUGAAAUGUCUCAACAAGAAGCUAUGGAAAAAUUGAAGGAUGUUGUAAAUCCAGAUGAUCCCCAUUCAAAGUACAUCCUGGAAAAGAAGAUUGGGACAGGAGCUUCGGGCAUGGUGUACACAGCUGUGGAAAAGGAUACAGAUAAGAAAGUAGCCAUUAAGACCAUGGAUCUACAACAGCAACCCAAGAAAGAACUAAUUAUAACAGAGAUUCUAGUCAUGAGAGAAAACAGGCAUCCAAACCUAGUCAAUUUUCUGGACAGUUACUUAGUGGAAGAAAACCUGUGGGUUGUUAUGGAGUUUCUGGAAGGAGGAGCUCUGACAGAUGUUGUGACUGAAACUGUUAUGCGAGAAGAACAGAUGGCAGCUGUCUGCCGGGAGAUACUUCAAGCUAUAGCUUUCCUUCACUCCAAAGGGAUUAUCCACAGGGAUAUCAAGAGUGAUAACGUGCUGUUGGGGAUGGAUGGAAGUGUGAAAGUGACAGACUUUGGUUUUUGUGCUCAGAUAUCGCCAGAUGAGAAACGGCAGACUAUGGUGGGAACACCAUACUGGAUGGCUCCUGAAGUUGUCACCAGAAAACAGUAUGGCAACAAGGUGGACAUAUGGAGCUUAGGAAUUAUGGUUAUAGAAAUGGUGGAGGGGGAACCUCCUUACCUGAAUGAAACCCCCCUUAAAGCCCUUUAUUUAAUCACUACCAAUGGGAAACCAGAGAUUAAAAAUGAAGACAAACUAUCACCUGAGUUACAAGAUUUUCUCCACAAAUGUCUUGAAGUGGAUGUUGAAAAACGAGCUUCAGCGGAUGAGCUGCUACAACAUCCAUUUCUCUCCAAAGCUGAGAGCUUAUCAACAAUCACUCCACUGAUUAAAGCAGCCAAGAAGGUAUUGAACAAGCAAUGAGUUGCAGGAUCCCAGUAGGUCAUGCUUAGAUUUAUUGGGUCUUAAUGUAUACUUUACAUUACAUAAAUAUUUAAGAUCUUUUAAAAACUUGAUGAGUAAAAACUGAAGUGUUAUUGGUUGGUUUUAAUAUUUUGUGCUUUCUGUAAGAUGUGGUAUUCAUUAUUUCACCUUAGACAAAAAUAAUAGCUAAGGUUGGUGACCAAGAAGUAAAGUGUAGUAAAGCUAGCAUUCGAUUGUGUUCUAGACUAGGUUGUUUUAUGAUAAGCAGUUCAGUGAGUUAAUGGUUUAAGAAGGUUUAUUUUAAUUAAUUAGUUGAAUAAUGAUAUCAUUUUGCUUCAUUAGAACCAAACACUUUCCUCAACAUUGAUGAUGUUUGUAAAACAUGAUGCAGAAAGAAUCACCAAUUUCUUUUGAUGGUAGAAAUUCAGAGUUGGGAUGUAUGCAUGAGUGUGUGAAGCUACUUUUAGCCAUGAGUAUUUGAAUAUAUAAAAUGUUUAUAUGUUUCUGUCUUCUUAAACACAAGAAUUUUAACUUUUUCAUCUGUGUUACAUGUCAGGUAAUAAUCUUUUUUUUUUUUAUGGAGAAUUUGCAUUGAGUUUAAUUACAUGGUCACUUAAAGUGCAAAAUAUACAUCUAGAUUUUAAAGCAAAAAAUCUAAAAGCUGAUCUCAUCAAAAGUCUAACAUUCCCUGAAAGAGCUGUGUAGGGCAUAAAUCCUCCAGAAAGAACUGUGUGGGGUAUAAAAUCUCCUUAAAAAACUGUGUGGGUAUAACAUCUUGGAGAGCUCUGUGGAUGUAUAAAACCUCAUUAAAGUGCUGUGUGGGGCUAUAAACCCACCUGAGAGAGUUGUGUAGGAUAUAACAUUCCCUGAAAAAAGUGCAUAGAGUAUAACACUCUUAGAAUGAGUUGAAAUAUCAAACUGGUCAUUAAAAUAAUUAACGAGGUAAUUAAUGUAUAUAUUUGAGAAUUUAUAUAUGAAUGAAUAAUAUAUAUUUUCAGAUAUUCAUGUUCGGCUUUAGCGAAUUUUCUGUGUACUAAACUACAUCACUAAUAGGAGAUAUUUAGCUGUAAUUAGUGUUUACUAUAGCAUCUGGCAGUUGACAGGAUUUUUAACAAUGGGUAUUUGUGUGAAUGUAUGAUUGAGAUGUGAGGUGUUGACUUGCUGCCAUGAAACUUGACUAUUACUGUAUCUACAGGCUUAUUACACACACACACACACACUGUAUUAUGCCUGCCUGUAGGCAUUUUGAAAGUAGCUUGACCAUACCAUAUGACUUCAAUGACAUCAUGUGGGUAUGAAGUAACCAUAAAAAGACAACACAGUAUUUCUACUAAAUAAGAAAAGAUUUAUUGACCUCCACAACUAAAUGUGUUUUUGCUGCAAGCAUUCAUUUAGAAUUUUGACAUAUGAAAAAAUUUAUUGUAUUAUUAACAUUGAAAAAAACGUGUACAAGUUCUGAAGACCCUGGUAUUAUGUGUAUAUACAUGCAAGUUAUUUAUAAGAUUAUUCUUUAGUAAUGAAGUAUGCACAUAGUAUUUCAAAUGACUUUGUAGUUUGGAAUUAGCUACAAAGGCAAUAGUGACUGUUGUGUUUACAGCAUCGUAAAACAUGGACAACAGAUCACUUAUUCCUAGCAUUGUCUAUAAUAUUGUCAACAAUGGGACAAAAGAUCACUCAUUUGUAGAGUUGUGUCAUUAGUGUUGUAAACUUUAAGACAACAUAGUAAAUACAGUUGAAAUUGUUAUCUUGAAUACAUACCUGAUGUCAAAAUCAGAAUUCAUUCUCCUUCAUUUCUAUUAAUGAUUACUGUGUCUAAUACCUUACAUUUAUUAUAGAUCAAAGAUCAAACUAAGGUCAAGAGUACAGAACAGCUAUUUUAGUUCUCUUAUAUCUCAAAUAACUUUGUAAGGUCCCUGGCACUUUGACAUACCAGUGUUUGACUGUAUAAAUACCUGACAGUUUCUGUGCUUGUCAAAAUUUAAGAAAACAAAUUUUACAUACAAGUAAUAAACAGUCAUUAUACUUGCCAUUAUCAUUAAAACAAACAAAAAAAAGUUACUAUUAAUAAGUUAAUAUAACAGGUUAAAGUCAAAGACUAAAUCCUUGACUGACAUUUUUUUAAACAGUCAGUACAUUGAUACAGUUCAGAACUAGUCUUAGAUAUGAAACAUAAGAAUAUCCAUAGUUUGUUGGUUCCAGUAUCCAGUUUUAUUUUUUCAUGGGAUUUUUUUACAUCAGUUUCCAGUUUUUCCUUAAUUUAUUCUAUAGAGUCAGUGUUUUUAUUUGUCCAAGUAUAAUGGUACCCACCUUUUAAACGACACCAGUUGGUUAUACAAAAUGUGACAGGUCACUACCAUCAAUAGAAACUUUUUGUUUACUAUCAUCACCCUUAUUUUUAUUAAAGUUACUUUAUAAAGAUUAACCUAGUUAAAUCUAUAUAAUUAUCUGUAAUCAAUGUUUUAAAAUGACACUGUGACUUACUAUUGCAUAUUACAUUUUGUCAGCAUUAUAAAGAGACAACAGACUACCAGUACAUGCAGUAAUGUGUCUGCAGUACUGAAAACAAUGGGACAACAGAUCACUUGUUCAUAAGAGUAGCGGCUUCAGUUUUGUAAAAUUUGGACAACAGACCACUUAUUCAAAGAUUUAUGUCUUUAUUAAUAUAAACUUUGGGACAAAAGGUCACUCAUUCACAGAGUUGUCUCUUUAGUAAACAGUUGGACAACAGAUUAAUCAUUCAUAGUGUUGUGUCUUUAGUAUUGUAAACAGUUGGACAACAGACCCUUCAUUCAUAGAGUUGUGUGUCUAGUAUUGUAAACAGUUGGAUAACAGACCACUCAUUUGUAGAGUUGUGUCUUUAGUAUUGUAAACAGUUGGACAACAGAUUACUCAUUCAUAGUGUUGUGUCUUUAGUAUUGUAAAGGGUUGAACAACAGACCAUUUAUUCAUAGAGUUGUGUCUUUAGUAUUCUAAACAGUUGGACAACAAACCACUUAUUGAUAUAGUUGUGUCUUUAAUAUUGUAAGCAGUUGGACAACAGACCAAUCAUUCAUAGAGUAGAUAUUAUCUGAUAUUGAAAAUGAAGGCACAAAGGCAACUAGAAUGAAACUACUUCAGUAGUCUUCUGGACCAUGUGUUAAUGCAUAGAAACUAACUAAAAGAAAAUACAUGCAAAUUUCUGUGUUAUGAAAGAUGGCGGAAAACUUCUGAUAUGCCCAUAUAUCACAAAAGGUUUAAAAAUACCUGAAGACUGUGUCUUGAUGGUGUUUUUAGUAUUAUAAACGGUUAGACAACAGACCAGUUGUUGAUAGAAUUGUGUGUUUAGUUUUGUAAAUGGUUGGACAAUACACAUGUAUCAAGUAGCAAAUCAAAAUAUACAUUGUUUCAGGAUUUGUCUUUAGUAUAUAACGUGUUUUUUAGAAUCAUAGCAGUUAGACUCCCCAUUGAAGGUAAAAAAGUGAUUGGUUUAGCAGUUUCUAUGAAGGAGAAAUAUUACAAUGAAAGAACAAAGAAGGUGCCAGUUUUUUUUUUGUGCUUUCUGUUAUGUUCCAGUUUGUAAUAUAUGCUACUAGUACUAAAUACUACAACUCAUAACUCUACCACAUAAUGCUGAUACAUGUAUUGGAAGUGUUUUAAACACAGAAGAUGUCUGUGUAGGUUUAAACAUUUAGAGACAGUAUUGUAUACUGAAAGCUACAGCUGUUGCCAUUGGUGUAAUAAUAAUCCACAGGGUAAAAUGUUGUAUGGCCUUUACUCUAUUAGAUGAUGUAACAAAAUCAGAGAAAAAGGUUUGAGUAAAUUGACCCAGUAUUCUGUUGGGUAAAGAGGUUACUUCAAAGUGAUAAUAAUGGACAUUCCAAAAAUAACAUAGAAUGGACAAAUCACAGAAAUGCAGUUCCUGUCAUCUUUCUGGCUUGUGUUAGGUGAACGAGUUUGAAUGUACUACUUUCUUCUUAAAAAUAAUCUAAGUUUUUUUUUCAACAUAGUUAAAGACAUGUUAUCUGAGCCACCAGUAAGGCUUAAGGUAGAACUUUGAUGAAAAAGUGCCAUGUUGUUAAAAAAGAAAAAUACUAACAAUUGUGUGGAACUGCAAAAAAAAUAUACAUUGUUAACAUCAGCUUUCCAUGAACCUUCUUUAAACAUUUAUCUUUACAGAAUAUUCUUUAAUUUGGUAACAUUAACUAUACAUUAGGUGUUUUAAUCUAUUUGUACUAUUAAAACUGUUUUGUACAGAAACGAGAAAGUAGUUCAUAACAUCAGAUUAAUUAAGCAAAGCGUGUACAAGUGAACAUGAUGUAGAGCAUAUUUUUAUUCAUUUCUUAAUAUGUAGCCUUUUUUAAUGUUUUAGCUAUAAUAUAUUCAAAGUUAUUAUGAAUAAUAAUGAUCAAGCAAUAUACAGUUUUGUAUACUACAAGCAGUAGUAUUAACAAAAAAAAUGAACUAGUUUAAAAUACAAGUAUGUUUACUUAAAAUAUUUAGAAGUUUUCUUCAGAUGCUAAGAAGUGAUAUUUUCUUAAGGCUUUACAAUCAACAUCCAUUUCAACAGUAUUUUUUUAAAAGCCAAAUUUUUUUUGUGUGUAAAACGAAGUGAAAAUGAUGCAAUAAGUAUCUUUCCUCAUCUUUAUAGUAUUUACCAAAAUAUUUUUGAUAUAAUAAAUGGAUAUUUUACUGAUACAUAAUUCUAACAAUUAUGGUGUCAUAUGUUUAAAAAUAAUACUUUGGUAAACUCUAUCAUUGUGUGUGUAUAUCAAAACUGAAUGAUAUGUUUUGUUAAAUAGUUAUUAUUCAUGUUUUUGUCCAAAGGUUAAGAAGUUGGUUAUUGAACACAAUCAUUAAAGAUUUUUGUCUUACAUUCAACAUAUAUUUUUCUAAACAGAUCUUGGAUAAAAUUGUAAUUGAAAAUAUUGUUGGUAUAAUGUUUUUUUACAUCUGUAUUUCCUUAUAGCUAGCUUCAGAGACACCAGGAAUAAAGAUCAUUUUU